AUGUCAGUCACGAAGGAAUACGUCGAACAGGUCCUAGAUAGCAUUGCCAGUCGUUACCGAGGCCCAGGUGGAGCCCUUGCUGUCCUCAAGGAUGGCGAGCUGAUCGGCCAACGCGUAUGGGGGUUCGCUAACCUGGAGCAACGCAUCCCACUGGAGGCCAAAACACUAUUGCCCAUCUGUUCAACCACGAAGCAGUUCGUAUGUGCACUCUUAAUCGACUUGGAACGUAAUCCACCACCAAAACUUGCCGACAAGACCAAAGGCGAUGUCCGCAAACAAAUCUCGGACAAAGUCUUGGAAAUCAUAAGCCCAAAGCUUGCCCAUAAGGGCGAGCUGACGAUUGACCGACUGGUUAAUAUGCAAUCCGGCCUGCGAGACUACUGGAUAAUGACAACAUUGUGGGGUGCCCAGCCCGAGGACGAGUUCCUGAUACACAGGGACGCUGCUCCAGCCUUCGAGAAGCAAACGAAGUCAUUCCAUUUCGAGCCUGGAACUGAAUUUUCCUACUGCAACUCCAACUUUUACAUUGUGGCUCGCGCGAUUGAGCAAACAACCGGUGAACCGCUUGGGAAACUCCUUCAAGAGCGUAUCAUACGUCCAGCUGGCAUGGAAACGGCGAUUCUGUGCCCCAACACUGCCGAACAACCUCCACCGUGUGUUGGCUACGAGGGUGAUGAAAAAAGUGGCUUCAUCCCGGUUGUUAACCGCAUCGAGUGGUCUGGUGAUGCCGGGUUGGUGGCUUCGCUUACUGAUAUGAUAGCCUAUGAAAAAUAUCUGGAUGGCUGCUAUUCGGAUCCGGAAAGCUGGUACCAUACCGCCAUUAAGCAACCAACAUUCAAGGACGGUACUCAUGCGCAAUACAGUUAUGGAUUGGGCCAUACUGAUAUCGAGGGCGUGAAGUCUUUUGGUCAUGGCGGUGCCCUUCGAGGGUAUCGAACGCACCGAUGUCAUGUACCCACCGAACGUUUGUCUGUCAUCGUUCUGUUCAAUAAUGAGGCCGAUGCGGAACACCUCGCUAAGGAGAUUUUGCGAGAUGUCUUGGGCUCUCCCAAGCCGGCAGCGGAUCCGAGUCCGAUUCAACCGAGCGAGGAAUGGUUCGGCACCUUCCUUGAGGAGUAUACCCAGCUGGCGAUAGUUGUCACGAAGGCCUCGCAAGAUGGAGAGGUCGUAAUUAACUUUGAUACCGAACCAAGUUCCAUCAAAUUAUCUGGGCCCAAGAAGGGUAGUAACAAUGAAAUGGUUGCAGCCAUUGACGGUGACUCUUUGCGCAUUGAUCGCAUUGAUAGCGUUGGAGAUAAGAUACUUACUGCUCAACGAAUUGUUGCAAAAGAACCAAAUCGCAAGGGGACAGAUCUCCCAGGAGUCUACUACUGUGAUGAAAUCGAAUCUACUUUUCAUUGGAUUGGGGAGGCAGGCACAUUUUACGGUGCUUUUGACGGAUACUUGGGAAAAGGACACGCAACUCCCAUGCGAUAUCUUGGUGCCGACGUGUGGGCUCUCAGUUGCCCACGCAGUCUGGAUGCACCAGCUCCGGGAGAUUGGACUGUUGUUUUGCGUCGGGAUGUGAAUAGUGCUGUGACCGGGUUCACCAUUGGUUGCUGGGGGGCCCGGCGCAUAGAGUUCAUUAAGAAAACCUAG